UGUAUAUACCCCUGCAGACCAUUCUCUCUCAUUUCGCUCCUUCCCAUCGCUUACCUCCAUUAUAUCAUUCUUCUCUCUCCCACUCCAUCCUUCUCUAUAUAUACCCCCCCCCGGAGAUCAUAUUCUUUCUCCAUCUUUCCGUUCCAAAACUAACCCUUCUUUGAUCUUACUCUUCUACUAUCGCUGUGCGACCUUUGGAACUCAAAAAUGGGGACUCUAACAAGUAGAGUAUGGACUGCGAUGCUCCUGGUGGUUCUCUUGAACUGGUGCUUCACGGAGAGGAAUAUUGGAGUGGUGGAUGCUUCUCAUGUGGUGUACCCGCACCUCCAGAACCUGCAAGUCCCCUUUGUUAACCCUUUGUGGAGGACUGGUUAUCACUUCCAGCCACCCAGAAACUGGAUGAACGAUCCAAAUGGACCAAUGUAUUACAAUGGAGUAUACCACUUCUUCUAUCAAUACAAUCCCAAGGGCGCCGUGUGGGGCAACAUUGUGUGGGCACACUCUGUCUCAGUAGACAUGAUCAAUUGGAAAGCGCUGGAGCCGGCGAUCUAUCCAUCAAAGCCAUUUGACAUCAAUGGAACAUGGUCGGGAUCGGCGACAAUUCUCCCCGGUGACAGCCCAGUCAUCUUGUACACAGGCGUUGACAGAGCUGGAAAUCAGCUCCAAAACAUAGCAUUCCCGAAGAAUUUAUCCGAUCCUUACCUCCGGGAAUGGAUCAAGCCGGACUACAAUCCGAUCAUCUUUCCGGUCGGUGUCAAUGCCAGUGCAAUUCGGGACCCGACGACGGCCUGGUUGGGGCCUGACAAACAUUGGAGAAUUACCAUUGGCAGCAGGCGAGCAAGACGGGGAAUGGCGUACUUGUAUAGAAGCAGGGAUUUUGUGCACUGGAUCAAGGCCAAACACCCACUGCAUAGUUCCAAGGACACUGGUAUGUGGGAGUGUCCUGACUUCUUCCCAGUGGCAUUGGAGGGAAAGAAAGGCUUGGACACCUCGGCCUAUGGGGAAGGGUUGAAGCAUGUCUUGAAGGUCAGUUUGGAUGCUACAAGGUUUGAGUAUUAUACGGUGGGAAAGUAUCAUCAUGAUCAUGAUAAGUAUGUGCCCGACGUUACAUCGCCUGACGAUAGCACAGGUUUGAGGCUUGAUUAUGGAAAUUUUUAUGCCUCCAAGACGUUCUACGAUCCGGCGAAACAGCGUAGGAUUCUGUGGGGAUGGUCGAAUGAGUCAGAUAGAGCUGCAAAUGAAACUACUAAAGGUUGGUCCGGGAUUCAGGCAAUUCCCAGGGUUCUUUGGCUUGAUAGCAACCACCGACAAGUCGUGCAAUGGCCAAUCGAGGAGCUUGAAAGUCUCAGGAAAAAUAAAGUUUAUAUCCAUGACAAGGAAGUGAAAACUGGACAUUAUUUUGAAGUAAAAGGAAUACAAACUUCACAGGCGGACGUGGAGGUAAUGUUUGAUGUGUCAAGCUUGGAAAAAGCUGAAGCCUGGAAUCCUGCUUGGACCAACCCACAAGAGCUCUGUGGCAUAAAGAAAGCAGAGGUCAAGGGUGGAGUUGGGCCCUUUGGCCUCCUGGUUUUGGCUUCUGCUAGGAUGGAGGAGAAGACUGCAGUAUUUUUCAGGGUGUUCAAAGCUCAGAACAAGCAUGUAGUCCUCAUGUGCCAUGAUCCCACAAGGUCUGCUCUAGUGCCAAAUGUCUACGAACCAACCUUUGCUGGCUUCGUUGAUAUUAACAUAGCAAAGACUAAGAAGAUCUCUCUAAGGAGUUUGAUUGAUAACUCAGUGGUCGAGAGCUUUGGUGCUGGAGGCAAGACAUGCAUUACAUCAAGAGUUUAUCCUACUUUAGCAAUUGGAUCGGAUGCUCAUCUGUUUGUUUUCAACAAUGGGUUAGAGAACAUAAAGGUUUCAGAGUUGAAAGCAUGGGAGAUUAGGAAGCCUCUCAUGAAUGGAUCAUAGAAGGAUAUUUAUGGGACUGCAUGCUCUACCGUCUUGUAAUAAACUACACCACUUAAAUGAAAUAUGUUUGUGGCUAGAAAAUGAGAACAAAAGAUCGAAAGGUGCUUGUAAAACUGAGGAAAUGAUCCUAGUUUGGAAGUUUUAGUUUUAAAGUCUCAGUUAUCAUUUUAAAGUUCCAAUGGUAAAAUGCCUGCCUUUUUUACUGGUUUUACCAA